UGCCAGUGAUCCAAUGCAAAUGUAGAGGUUUAUUAUAGGCAUUACCUAGACUUGUGGGUAUUUUCCAUGUUCGGCUUCAUCACGGAGUGCAAUCAAGUGGAACAAAAAUACAUUGUAUCAACAUAAACCGAGGCAAACAAAUGGUUGAAUCUGUUGAUAAGCAAAACUCCCAUGAGAAGCCUCCAGAAAAGUCACCAGAAAAACCAGACCAACAGGAGGCGCCACGUAGACACAAGAUCUACAACUGUCCCACCUGUGGUAGAGUGUUUUCUAACAACGCUAGCCUGAAACGACACCUUGUGAUUCACUCAGGAAAAAGACCUUUCAAGUGUUUCAUAUGUGCACGAGGAUUUACUCAGAGUGGGAACCUCAAAACACACAUGAAAGUUCAUAAAGGAGAGGUACCGAACUGGGCAUUAAUUCAAGAGAAGGCGACCCCGGAGGUAUUUCACGUAAAAGCUCAUGUGUGUGGAGAUUGUGGGAUGGACUUCCCCGAUCAACAACAGCUGGAAGAACAUCGAGAGAGUCACAAGAGGCCUUAUGAAUGUUCAGACUGUGGCAAGUCUUUCAAAAAUGCGGCUUAUUUUAAAUUACAUCAGCGUAUGCACUCGGGAGAGGUACAUUUAGCCUGCUCCAAGUGUGGGAAGAAGUGGCCCACAAUAGAGUCACUGAGGAAACACGAGUCAACACACAUUAAAGAGAAGAAGUUCCUGUGUGACGAGUGUGGGAAGGCAUUUUCAAAGGCCUCUGCCCUGAAAGAACACCUCAGAGUUCAUAGAGGAGAACGCAAGUAUCUGUGCACAGUCUGCGGGAAAAGUUACUCCAGGGCACAUCCUCUUAAAGUUCACCUGCGUGUUCACACUGGAGAGAAGCCAUACACCUGUGACAAGUGUGGGAUGGGUUUCUAUUACUCUCAGGGUUAUCAAAAGCAUCUGCUGAUUCAUGACAAGAAGCCAAAACCACAGACAAAACCUUUAGGUAGACCAAAACGACUGCUGUUAGAGGUAAACAGUUAAGAAUGUUAUGUAGUGAAUGUAUAACUGCCUGAGCAGACUCACAGGAGAAAAUACUUCAACUGAUCACAGAAAGUUAGGUUUUCAAGAAACUGAAGUGAUGGACCAAACAACAUGAUGCUCCUCACAUGUAAUCACGGAUGUGUCUAGUGAGAUUGUUACUUGUACUGGACAGUUGUUGGAAAAUAAAAAAUACUGUUCAUGGUUAUUA